UGACUUUAUGACACCAAAUAAUAAUCGAGAAGUGAUUCACAGCCCGAAUUACGUUUGUACGACCAUCACUUGACUUCAUUCUGGCUACAUUUGGGUACAUUUGGGUAAUUAGUCGGACCAUACUAGAGUGGUGUAUAGACUCUAUUAGAGGGACUUCCUUAUAAUACAGUGUGUUUUGACAAAACUUUAAAGGAAUGCCAGUUUUGGCAAGUAAUGGGCAUGUAGUGGCUCCAGAAUGUAUCUAUACCUGCUACCACAACCCAUAAUUUUGUGGUUCAGUCUCACUUUGGUAAAAUUGCAGAUUACAGCAACCAAAGAAUCUGAUAAAAAAUAUUCUGAUGGUUUUUGAUGUGAUUGGUUCUAACAAUAAUGGGGGAAGCGUGGGAAUUUGGGGUUCUGGGGGGUGGGAGCUAAAAUGAGUGAUUUGUGGCAGAAGCGAAUUCCAAAAUUGUCCAAAUCACAACAAGAAAACAUCAGAAGAACACAUUACGCAACAGAAAUUCUGUUAUUUACAAAAAAAAUAGUAGAAAUAAUAGUUUGAUCGAUUGCGUGGUCUGAAUUCCUGGUACUCUGUGCUUGCUAACUUAUACAAUAUAACCAAACUAAACCUUACUUAACCCCUAGGACCCCCAGACACUAUGUAAUAACCCAGAAGCGCUUGGUCAGCCUCCACGUUACGUUAUUUCUUACCUUCCUUGUUAUCAAUUUGCGACGGAAGUGUAAUAUAAGAAAAGGUCAAUUUUCACUAAUGCACCGGUCUUUGUUUGGAUAUUAAAAAUAUGUUUUUCCGAUGUUAUUUGAUGAGUUUCGAACAAAUUUGUAUUCAUUUCAGCCAGAAAUCAAUAGUUUUUGAGAUCCCCCCUCCCUUCCCCACCCAUUAAUCUUUACGAAAAUUUGUUUUUUUUAUCGAGUAAAUCACAAAUAAAAAACAACAAAACCAAACCUAACCUAACACUAUUUUUCUGAUAUAUGUCGGCACAGGUCUUUCCACCUGUUCGGCUAUAUCUGGUUAUUCUGGUCCUUAAAAAUCAAAUCUCCGCUCCCGACGCACCCACACAUUGUUCGUUGGCUAAGACAAAAAACUCUUGCCCAAUCAUAAAUCUCCUAUUGCUAUAGUUAAUAAAAAACUCCCACACCUUCCCCCGCACAUGCGCUGUAGACGCUUAGGAAGCCAACACGGAGGUAAGGAGCACUGCAUGAUGGGUGGUCAGACCUUCUCUGUGAGACGAAAACAACAAUGGCGACACUUGUGACUGACCAAAUCUUAUAACAUUGAAAAAUUAAUAUCUCGGUUAUCCUUAAUUUCCGGCAGAAAUAUCACAGAAGAAAAAGGUCUUAGAAUUGUCUGAACAUUAAGAAAAACAUUAAUAACAGCGAGAGAAAUACCGGUGCAAGAUCAAAAUUUCACCUAAGAAAAUUUUCAUAGAAAAAAUAGUUCUAUCGAUUGAGUGUAGUGAAUUUCCGAAAUUCUAUGGUUGCUGUUAACUGCAAUAUUACCCUACAUUUGGUAAAAUUAUGGAAAAUGGAACUGCACCAGCUAACAGGAUCUACUGUAUAAUCUCCUUACUACUUUUUAAAGUAAAUAAAAAAUUAAGUGCAUAAAACUUAUCAUAUUGGAUAGAGGUACAGCAGCCAUAUGCCAAAAUUUACACUGGAUAUGCUGUAGGUACUGCAACCGUAUUGACGGACUGUCUUGUAAAUGGUUAGGUUAGGUUAGUCAAACAGAAGGCCGUCUUAGUAACUAUCUUUGUAUAGUUUGUCCACCACUCAUUAGGCUGCCGCACUAAUAAGCAUUGACAUUUCGCUUACAGCUGAGGUACCUAUAUCUUGUGGCAAAACUAAUAGCUGGUAUAUCCCAGUUGGUAAUAUUCCAGAUGAGUUUUACUCCUUAACUACCUACUGUAUUAAAUUCCACCAAAAAACAUUAAUGCUUUCUUACCUCAUGACAGAUACAAAAAGUGCACUGGCAAACUUUUUGCAUGAUUUAACAUUUAUGAUUUCUUGUGGGUUCAGGUCAUGGUUACAGCAGUAAGAUUAGUUUUAUGCCAAGAUGGGAAUUUAAUAAAUGAAAUAGGUUUUUCUGAUGUAUUUUAUGGUGAUUUGAAGAAAUAUGACCUUUAUUUCUGUGGGAAAUGCUUAUUUAUGUAGAUAUGACCCCUUAAACAAUGACAAUGAUUUCUUACAAAGUGGACAGGACUUUGAAGGUGAGGGAAAACAUGAGGAUAAAAUAAGAAAAAAAAACACAAAAUAAACCUUUAAAGACCUGACGUAACCUAGGAAGGUCCUGUACUAUACAAAAAAAAAAACCUUAUUUAACCAAAGGUAGAGGAAAAAGUGAUUCUGUUUUUAGUUUUGGUUUUAGCAAACUUAAAAUCCAUCAAUUUUGUUUUGCUGUAUCUUGGUCGUGUCCAGAUCAUGUCUACUAAACUUAAACAAGUUUGGUUGUGUAUGAAAUUAAAUUCACCUUAUGCACAUCCUUCCAGGGCCGUCCCUAGAAGGGUGUGGAGCAAUUCAGCCACUGCGGGGCCCCUUUGCAUUCUUAAAAUUUUUGUAAAAACUUUGCAACACCUAAAGCUACAGGAGCAAUCUCCAAUAUCAUAAUCACUGCAGGUAUCAUCUUGUAUACUUGUGAGAUAUUAAUGGCUAUCAUUGGAAGAAAAGUUUUUACUUCAUUUAAGCGAACCAUAAACUUCAUUUGGGCGAACACAGUUUACUUAAUACAGUUUACUUAAUCAGGAGGUCGUUGUCAAGAAAUUUUUGGAGUCUAUGGACUAACAUCUUCCAUUUUACCAUCUAUUAGGGACUAGAUUAGAUAAAUGUACCAGACACCUGUAUAUUCUGUUUUGAAAGUCCUACAACUUACCAACAGAUAAUGAAACAGAGAAGAAAUUAGGUACAUAUUGAUGAAAAUCACCUGCACCAUGCCUUUCUCCAAUGCAAUGAUGAAUAUUGCCAGUAAGCUGCCCAGUGUGAGCCCACUGCACCUGGACCAUCUCAACACUCGAUAUGGUGCAUCUCCUGGAGUGUGGCUAAUGUUGCUGGUACCACUAGCGUGUAGCUCUGGCCUUUACACAGCUUACAUCCAUUGUUACCCACCAUCACGUCUCUUAGCACUUCUUGCAAUUCAGGUUGGAGUGUCAGGUAUCCACUUGUACAAGCAGAUGUGUGUGUCAGGAAGUCACCACAAGACAGAAAGUCAAGAUAACACCCAAACCUCUUCCCUCUUUCUGAGAUUCCUCUUCCACCCAUACACUCCUGCACUAGUCACUGCAGUUGCCAUCUCCUUUCUCACUGAAAUCCACCCCAUUGGUGCAAUAAUGGCAACAACAUUAUGUGCAUGGAUUCUCUAUGAGUUGACACAUUGGUUGUUCAGGAGUUUCCCUGGGAGCUUCAGUCUUGGGGAGGGAGCUGUGGUGGGCCAGACAGGAGCCCUAGCCAUUACUUGCUCCCUGUGUAACAUUUUCACCUCCAUAUUGAUGCCAAGGAUGCUCUCAGACUCUCAGAAGAUUAGUCUGUUUGUUCAGACAGCAGUACUUAUAUUCUCCUCUAUGGUGGUUGGCCUGUAUAAGCUUCCACUUUUGCACACUGCUCGAAUGUUUGUUCCGUUUGUUUGUGUGUGUGGAACAGCUGGGGUGGCAGUAUCAUCAUUGUUACUUGGAAAAUGGACACCUCUUUGGCUCUUGGAUUUAAUAAUAGAGGCACCCACCAGAUUAACACUAUUAGCUUGGUGGUCUGGGUUGGCACUUGUAGCAGUAGCCCUAACUACCUGGGCCAGAAGGAGAAGCAACAUAGCGACCACAGUACUUCGUAAAGUUUACCAUGUUGUGAUAAUCUUGGUGUUCACUCCGGGUAUACUGCUAGAGCCUGCCUUCACCCAUCUAGCUGCCACGGCUGCAGUUAUGUUCUGCUUGUUGUUGGAGAUGGUGAGAGUAAAGGAGAUAGAGCCCAUAGCCUCAAUCAUAUCCCAGGCCUUUUCCACUUUCCUUGAUGAAAAAGAUGGAGGCACACUGGUCCUUAGCCAUAUCUACUUGUUGGCUGGAGUAGCAUCACCAUUGUGGAUCAGCCCCUGCCAAUUUCUUGAAGUUGAGGUUAUGUCCAAAUUGCCACCUGAGUCAGUUUUGCCACUUCUUGCUGGAGUCUUGGCUGUUGGGGUAGGAGAUACUGCAGCCUCUGUUGGUGGAACUUAUCUGGGACGUAGACGAUGGUCAGGAACAAAGAAGACUGUUGAGGGAAGUUUGUGUGGGGUGAUAGCCCAGAUGAUGGCAGUAUUAGUAUUAGUAGGAAUUGGUGUAGUGGAUGUUUCUCUGGCAGCCUGGGGCCGUCUUGUGAUCUCGGCUUCAUUAGUGGCAGUAGUGGAGGCUUUAACAGACCAGGUGGAUAAUAUAGUCUUACCACUUCUCCUGUAUACACCUCUUAUGGAUCUGUAGAUGCAAUUGUCAACAUGGAUACUAUGGGCAGUUGGUUGAUUCUGGACUUAGUUAACUAUUACAUCUUCACUUUAACCAAAUGAUUCAGCCAAAUAAUUGAAUGUCAUUUUGGGUGGUUUAUUUAUUAACAGAUGGAUGGAAACCCAGCAAUGUUGAGCUGCAACAACACACAUCUCUUUUGUUAUUUGCUGUACAUAAGUUAAAUAUUAGAAGUUUAAGUAAAGAAGGAAGAAUUAUCCCUUGCAAUUAAAGACAACAAAACAUUCCAUUGAAAGGUAAACUGAUAAAUUAUUGACUGAAGGGAAAUAUUUAACCUUUAAGUUGGUACUGUACUGUACCAGCAAAACUUGACAUUUUAUACAUGGAAUCUCAGUUAUCUGGUUUACUGUAGAUAACUGACUUUAUGGCCAGUGGAUUUAGAUGUAAUUAUGAUGUGAAUAACUGAAUGGUUAGACAAACAUAAUGUGAAAGCAAAGGUGACCUUGGAUUUUGUAGUUUUUCUUAACUAGUGUUAAAUGUUAAAAAAAAAAAUUCAUUUCACUUUACAAAGAUUUAGGUGAAAUAAAUAUUAGCUUGAAAUACCACUUUGGCUAUGCCUGCCACAAUAUGUAUUGCAUUACCCAUUUUUUUUUUACGAUUUUACAAUAAACAAAGGGUUUAUAUACAGUGGGGUAUGCUAUGACGAAUGGAUUCUACUAUGAAUAUUCCUAUAACGAACGGUUUUACCUAU